AUGGACGCCUUCAAUCUCCCGGAAGUACGCCGGUCAGAACCUGUCCUUCCUCCUCCAGAGCCACCUUCUUCCCCACCGUCCAUUUCUUCCGACGCUGGUCGCCGCAGAACCAGAAAGCCACCGACUGUGACGCCCCGGUCAUUCCGUCGAUUCUUUACCCCGCGUUCUUUAUUGCCGACUGCCGAUAAUUCUACCACGCCGACAACCAGCCGCCAGGCCCUACGGGCGCUGACAUCUCCUGCAGUGAAUCGUCUAGGACCGGCAUUCUCGAGAACCUCCAAGGCCGGCAGCACCAGAAGCCCUCACGAUGGCUUGCCAGAAGAUUUCAUUCGUACCCCGAGCAGGAAACGGAGGAACUCGUUCUCUUCGGUCGUCUCUCCACAGUCCUCGCCUUUGAAGAGAGUUCGUGUCCGGUCUCCGACAGAGGAUGUGAACCAAGACGUUCGAAUUCCAGACAUCAACAUCUGUUUCAAAGCAGCAACACCGCCAAUCCCACCGAAGCCAAAACUUCCUGUAGCGCCUGUCCGCCGCUCAAGGGCAUUGCAGACGUCUGGCGCAUUGUUUAUGCGAACUGUCGGGGGUCGAGCAAACAAAGUGACCCUCCGAUCGAAUUCUGGCGUUGGAUGGCAAGAUCUUACUUCGGAUUUCUAUUCCCAACCACGGGACCGUCACACUUGUGGUAGUUAUGCAUCGGAUGGGUCACUGGCCCUCCCGUUCUGCAAUGCUUCAUGCAACACAAACUCACUCGUUGCAGUGGGCGACGAAGAGGGUGGGAUCCGGCUUUUAGAUUCAUCGAUUGACGAGGAGAAUGGGUUCAUUGACGCAUAUCUUGGGUUUCGUCCGCACAUGAAUUCGAUCAUGGACCUCGAAUUCUCCUCCGACGAUAUGCUACUAGCUACUGCAUCUGGCGAUCAGACAUCUCUUGUCAUUGAUAUGACAACACAACGUCCCAUCCACUGUUUGUCGAAUCACUCUUCCUCCGUUAAGCGUGUCCAAUUCCAGCCGGCAUCCAACAAUAAGGUUCUCGCUACAUGCAGCCGAGACGGAAAUGUCAACAUAUGGGAUCUUCGCUGCAAGGGAUUCGAACGGCCCGCAUUGCAAGUCCAAUGCUCGCUUGAGUCCGAAACCGAAAACGUCCCGGCUACUGCACCCCCGAAGAUGUUAUACCCGCAUGUUUUAAAUACCAUUCGAGGUGCUCAUGCCUAUACAACCUCUAAUAAUCUUACCAUGGACAAAAACGAGGCGCCACCCUUUGGCCGGACCGACAUCACUGUUACUUCUCUCGCCUUUCUCUCACCUGGCCGCGAAAAUCUAUUUGUCACAGCUUCCGAGGCUAGCGCGAGUGUUCGCCUCUGGGACUUGCGAACUGCCCAUAAUAAUCGCCGCGGUCGACCUGUCAUACCGUUAUCUACAACACAAGAGCCAGAAAGCCACGUGAAGUACCGACGCUUCGGCCUGACAUCCAUGGCAUUUGGAGGAGAUGGAUCACGCUUGUACACGCUUUGCCGAGAUAACACGGUUUAUACAUAUUCAACCUCACACCUGAUCCUCGGCCAUGCGCCUGAACUUUCACUCAACAAUAACCGUCCACGACGGACCGGCGGCUCUGACAAAGACGGCCUUGGACCCCUCUACGGUUUCCGUCACCCUCGACUCCAGAUUUCCUCAUUUUAUGUGAAGUUGGCUGUGCGCAAAGCAACCAAUGAUCAUCCGGAGAUGCUAGCUGUGGGAAGCAGCGACCAGUGUCCCAUUAUUUUCCCUACCGAUGAACGCUACUUCGAUUCUCCCAUUGAAAAGCCCACCGAAACCCUGCCUAGCAAAUCUUCACUUUUCACCACCCGCUCUGGACUCCGUCGCAGCAACUCUGGAAUCGGCUUGUCUGGACGUCUCGAAGACACUAUUCCUAUUCACCAAUCAGGCACUCCACUUGUGGAAGGCCAUCAGAAAGAAGUCACCGGUCUUUCGUGGACGCCAUCUGGCGAACUCAUCACCGUAAGCGAUGACUAUUCUGCUCGAUGUUGGCGUGAAGGACCCGAGGCUCGCGACCUUCGGAACGCUGGUGAAGCUGAGGGCAAACGCUGGCAGUGCGGCUGGGCUGAUAUGAAAGACUCGAUUGAUGACGAAGACGAAUAA